AUGGGCGCGGAGGUGGAGGCGGUGCGGGCGCCGGCGCCGCCGGGCGGCAAGAGAAGGUCCACCACGCUGCUGCACCUGCUCAACCUCGAGAAGCCCGACGGCGUCUUCGUCUUCACAACCGCCAACGCGGUCAAGCUCCCGCCGCCGUCGCCGGAGCCGGAGGCCGAGAGCCUCAUCGACAAGAUCGACUCUUGCUGCCGCGUCUUCACCUUCGCCGACGCCGAGCAUUGCGCCGACCAGCGGGACCUCAAGCGCGCCCGCCUCGCUGAGAUCCUCUCCGCCGUCCGCUCCACCGCCAAGAGUCAGAACCAGCCGCCGGGGCUGGCGCUGGACCACCGCGUCAUGGCGGCGCUGGUGAAGAUGCUGGCGGCGAACCUGUUCCGCGCGAUGCCGCCGCCACCACCAUCCUCCUUCUGCCCGCUCGCGGACGCGGGCACCGAGGAGGACCUCCCGUCCGCCACGUCGCUGCUCCCCUCCUGGCCGCACCUCAGCACAGUCUACGACAUCCUCCUCGCCGCCAUCGCCGCCGCCGACGCCAAGUCCCUGCGCGCGCACGUCGACCGGCGCUUCCUCGCGUCCCUGCUGGCGCUCUUCGCGUCCGAGGACCCGCGCGAGCGGGACCGGCUCAAGGCGGCGUACCACGCGCUCUACUCCAAGCUCACGCCCGAGCGCGCCUUCAUGCGCCGCUCCAUGUCCCACGCCCUCCUCCGCCUCGCCCACGACGCGCCCUCCUCCUCCCCCGCGGGCGGCGUCGGCGAGGUGCUGGAGAUCUGCGGCAGCAUCAUCAACGGCUUCGCGGUGCCGCUCAAGGACGAGCACCGCGGGUUCCUGCUGCGGGUGCUGCUGCCGCUGCACCGGACGCGCUGGCUCCACGCCUACCACCGCCAGCUCGUCUACUGCGUGCUGCAGUUCCUGCACAAGGACCCCGGCCUCGCCGGCGCCGUCGUGCAGGGGGUGCUGCGGCGGUGGCCGGUGACCAACUGCCAGAAGGAGGUGCUGCUCAUCGACGAGCUGGAGGAGAUCGUGGACGCGCUCGGGCAGCACCACUUCGACGCCCUCGCGCUGCCCAUCUGCAACCGGAUCGCGCGCUGCGCCACCAGCUGCAGCUCCCAGGUGGCGGAGAGGGCGCUGUACGUAUGGAACAACGAGCGGUUCCUGGAGAUGGCGACCUCCGGCGAGGGCACCAUGGAGCGGAUCCUGCCGGCGUUCGUGGCGAGCAUCGAGGCCAACCUGGAGCAGCACUGGAGCAAGUGCGUGCAGCAGGUGACCGCCAGCGUCAAGACCCUGCUCCAGCAGGUGGCGCCGGAGCUCUACGACCGCUGCGUCGCCGACCUCGCCGCGAAGCGCGCGGAGGCCGACGCCGAGGCCGCCAUUCGGGAGGCGCGGUGGCGGAGGCUAGAGGCAGCCGCCGCCGGCCCCAACGCCGAGCCAGAGCAGAACUGUAGCUAGCGCGCGCCGACGAGACCUUCUCUUAUGUUUUGGGCUUGUACAUUGCAUGCCGAUGCCGGCGUACGUGGGCUCGGCCACUGACGCUGCAACUAAUGGCGCGGCGUCGUGGGUGGCGUGGCGAGAGCCGUUUUGGUUUCGGCCACGACACGGUGCGAGUGUGGUGUUGUGUGUGUGUGACCGUGUUGUUUUUUCGAGGCACUAAUAUCGGACUGAGAU